AUGGGCCCACCGCUAGCCAUGGCGCCCCCCGUCGCGUUUCUCGUCGCAGCACCCGUCGCGCCCGUUGUGGUGCUCCUCACGGCGCUCAGGGUGCCGGCCGAUACGGAUGCGAUGUCGAGCCCCGUACGGCGCCCCGCAUCCCGUCACCUCGAACGCCCUGCUGCCCCGCUUCCCGUCACCGCGGGCGACUUGCUUCCCGUCGCCGCGCUCGACCUGCUUCCCGUCGCCGCGGGCGACUUGCUUCUCGUCGCCGCGAGCGACCUCUUUUCCGUCGCCGUGGGCGACCUGCAUCCCGUCGCCGCGGGCGCCCUGCUUCCCGUCGCCGCGGCUUCCGCUGUGGGAGGAGGUGGCGGGGGGAAGGGGGGGGCGUGGGUGGUUGACGCAGAGGGGUUCGCCGCGUGGCUCCCCCCACCUCCUCCUCAUCCCCCUCUCACCACCCCUUUGUAA